GAUAACACGAGAUUUGGAAAUUUCCAGGAAAAAAUGGCGGAGGUGCUGCUCGAUUCCGAAAUUCGACUUUGGGUGUUUUUACCCAUUGUUAUUGUCACGUUUCUUGUAGGAAUCAUCCGACAUUAUGUUACUGUACUACUGUCAUCAGAAAAGAAAGUAGAAAUCCAAAAGAUAACAGACAGCCAAGCCCUUAUACGUAGUCGCAUGCUGAGGGAAAAUGGAAAAUAUCUACCUAGAGAGGCUUUUCAUAUGCGGAAAAAGUUUUUCAACGAUGAAGAAAACGGAUUUUUCAAAACACAGAGACGAGAAGUUCAAGCUAGCAAUCCUAUGACAGAUCCCUCCAUGAUGACAGACAUGAUGAAAGGAAACUUGACUAAUGUCUUACCUAUGAUAGUCAUUGGUGGAUGGAUCAACUGGGCUUUCUCAGGAUUCCUGACCACCAAAGUGCCAUUCCCUCUAACACUCCGAUUCAAACCAAUGUUACAGAGAGGAGUUGAAUUGUCAUCGUUAGAUGCCUCAUGGGUGAGCUCAGCAUCUUGGUAUUUCCUGAAUGUGUUCGGCCUGAGGAGUAUGUACAAUCUGGUAUUAGGCCAAGACAAUGCUGCCGAUCAAACAAAGAUGAUGCAAGAUCAGAUGUCAGGAGCGGCCAUGGCUGUCCAGGACCCGACGAAGGCGUUCAAGGCUGAAUGGGAAGCGUUGGAGAUCUGUGACCAUCACUGGGCCCUGGAAGGUGUAGAGGAUGAUCUCACUGGAACUGUUAUGCCACCAGAUACCAUCUACAUCAAGAAUAAAUUUGACUAAAAUCCGGAUAUGUUCUGUUAUGCUGCCAGAUACCAUCUACAUCAAGAAUAAAUUUGACUUAAAUCGGGAAAUGUUCUGUUAUGCUGCCAGAUACCAUCUGCAUCAAGAAUAAAUUGACCAAAAAUCGGGAAAUGUUCUGUUAUGCUGCCAGAUACCAUCUACAUCAAGAAUAAAUUGACCAAAAAUCGGGAAAUGUUCUGUUAUGCUGCCAGAUACCAUCUACAUCAAGAAUAAAUUGACCAAAAAUCGGGAAAUGUUCUGUUAUGCUGCCAGAUACCAUCUGCAUCAAGAAUAAAUUCAACUAAAAUCUGGACAUGUUCUGUUAUGCUGCCAGAUACCAUCUACAUCAAGAAUAAAUUGAUCAAAAAUCGGGAAAUGUUCUGUUAUGCUGCCAGAUACCAUCUACAUCAAAAAUAAAUUCAACUAAAAUCUGGACAUGUUCUGUUAUGCUGCCAGAUACCAUCUACAUCAAGAAUAAAUUUGACUAAAAUCUGGAACUGUUACAUGUAUGCCCACAGAUACCAUCUACAGUUGAAAUACUAAUUAGACAUUUUUGGGGUUGGCAAGUUUGACAAACUUUGAGAAAAAAAAAAAAAUUUUGACGUUGUCAUACUCUAUAUAAUGCCCCACCUUGCAAUAUCUGCCAUACUGUCAAACACCGAGUUAUUUUUACUUCAACACUAUUAGAUUUGUUGUAUUUAUUGUUUUUCUCUUCUAUAAAUGUACAGUGGAACCUCCCUUAACAGACACCUCUCUAUUAAGGUCUCCCUCUCUAUCAAGGACACUAGUCUUUGUCCAAUAUUGGUUGUUUCCAUUCAAUUUGACCUCUUUAAUCAGGACACCUCUCUAUCGAGGACAACAGAGGGUGUCCUUUUUCUGGAUGCUCUACUGUACUUUGGUAAUCCUGUUGUGAAUUUUUAUGUAUCAAAGGCUAGAUAAAUAUCCCUUGGAUGCCACUGCAGUUGUUCUUGGACAGUGAAGCACCCCACAAACAGGUGAUUGAAAAUGCUGCGUUCUUUGAUUUAAAUCGCGUGCAAUAUGCAAAGAUUUCGUGCAAUAAUUAUCGCACAUCUGCGGUGGUCAUCGCAGAUCGCAACAGCCUGCAAGUCAAUAUCAAACAAACCAAGUGAUUACUAGUUUACCCAGGGACGAGAGAUCCUGUUGUUUUUUGCAUAGCGGCAUUUAAUCGCAGCCAGCAAAAUCACUUGUUUGCAAUACGCUUUAACUUCUGCAGAUUGUAUGUUUGCCUAAAGCAUUAAAACUUUUCUUUUGUAACGAGGACAGUGGAACUCAGUUGUAAUAAGAAAUCAACAUUGCCAUGGUACUGUAACCAGACAUCCCAACGUGAUGUGAAUAAUCUCAAAUUCAGUUACAAAUUCUAUUAACGAAGGAAUUUGGCAUUUAACAUCUCUACCUACCGGAAAAGGUGGCCAGAAGUUUGUGUGUUUUGUUCAAUUUUUAUAUGUGAAUUUUGCACAUUCGUCAUUUCAGCUGUACAAAACUGAAAUUAAAGUAUAAAUAAAAUGUUGUAAAAGAUAUCCUGCUUAUUUACUUAUGUGGUUGUCCCUCCACAAACAUAAGGAUGUUA